AUGAUCAGAGCAGACAGACGGACGGGCAGAGAGACAGUCUACCUGGACAUGGAUCACCUGUUUGUGCUGUUGCUGUUUCUGUGGAGCUCAGGACUCCAGGCUGAAGGAGAACACGAGUCAACAGAGUUUGUCAGAUUGGUGCAAGGAGACAGUAGCUGUGUAGGAACACUGCAGCUGAAACACAUGAAAGAGUGGAGACCAGUGAGUGCUGACCUGGAUGGCUGGACCCUGAAAGACGCAGCAGUUCUCUGCAGGAAGCUCGACUGUGGCUUUGCUGUUUCUGUAGAAGCGAGAGAGCUGCCGUCAGAAACAGCUGCGUGGAGGAUCAGCUCUGAAUGUGUUCUGUCUGGAUCUGCUCUGAGGGAGUGUGCAAAAUCAAAGUUUGCUUCCUCAAUUAUAACUCUCACCUGCUCAGACUCUGUCAGGUUGGUGGGUGGGACCAGUCUGUGCUCAGGCAGACUGGAGGUGAAGUCUAACCAGUCUGACCAGUUUAACCAGAGGUGGUCCUCGGUGUGUGAAGAUGACUUUGACCUGCAGGAUGCAGAGGUGGUCUGCAGGGAGCUCGGCUGUGGGGCUCCUUCGGUCCUCCAGGGGGCGCUCUAUGGAGAAGUGGAGGCUCCAAUGUGGACCAAAGAGUUCCAGUGUAAAGGCCACGAGUCUGCUCUGCUGGACUGUAGAAGCUCAGAGAGAAACACCCGCUCACCUGGCAGAGCUGCUGGACUCACCUGCUCAGAGCCGGUCAGGCUGGUGGGAGGAAACAGCCGCUGUGCAGGAACACUGGAGGUUAAACAUCAGGGAGAAUGGAGACCAGUGAAUGACAUUCACUCUGACUGGACCCUCAACGCAGCAGCAGUUGCUUGCAAAGAGUUCGACUGUGGAUCUGCUGUUUCUGUACUACGGAGAAACUCCCAAUACGGACCUGUGUGGGACAUCCCUUCUGAAUGUGUCCUGUCUGGAUCCUCCCUGAGGGAGUGUGCAACAUUAUUUUCCUCUGGCUACAUCAUAGAUCUCGCCUGCUGCAGUCCAUCUGGGUGGGCUGAUGUCACGUUGGUGUUCUGGAGGAUCAACUGGUGGGAUUUCAGGUGGCAGGGCAACCUCUUUGUGGCAGCGGUUGACUACUCUGUCAGGUUGGUGGGUGGGACCAGUCUGUGCUCAGGCAGACUGCAGGUGAAGUCUAACCAGUCUGACCAGUUUAACCAGAGGUGGUCCUCGGUGUGUGAAGAUGACUUUGACCUGCAGGAUGCAGAGGUGGUCUGCAGGGAGCUCGGCUGUGGGGCUCCUUCGGUCCUCCAGGGGGGCCUCUAUGGAGAAGUGGAGGCUCCAAUGUGGACCAAAGAGUUCCAGUGUGAAGGCCACGAGUCUGCUCUGCUGGACUGUAGAAGCUCAGAGAGAAACACCUGCUCACCUGGCAGAGCUGCUGGACUCACCUGCUCAGAGCCGGUCAGGCUGGUGGGAGGAGACAGCCGCUGUGCAGGAACACUGGAGCUUGAAAUUCAGGGAGAAUGGAGACCACUGAGUGCCGUACCCUGGACCAUGAAGGCAGCAGCAGUUGCCUGCAGAAAACUCAACUGUGGCUCUGCUGUUUCUUUCAGAGAAAGAGAGUCCUCUGAUAGAUCUGCGUGGUGGAUCUGGUCUCGCUGUGUUCAGUCUGGAUCGGCUCUGAGGGAGUGUGCAAGAUCAGUUUCCUCUUCGUCCCUGGUGGAUCUAACCUGCUCAGACCUGCUGCUUCAGCCCAACAUCUUUGUGUCCUCCUCUAUGGACGGGGUCUCCGAGGCCCAGCAGCAGGGUUUUCAGGUGUCCAGGGGCUCCACCUUCAACAUCAGCUGCUCCAUCCAGCCUCAGUACCCAGGAGGCUCCUUCCAGCUCAGCUUCAGCUCCUCCAACUCAGCACACAACUUCACCCAGCCAGCUGUUGAUCACUCUGCCAAAUUCCUGUUUCCUGCUGCGGAGCCCGCCCACCACGGGACCUACAGCUGUGUUUAUGGCAUCAAUGUUUUCUCUCAUGACUUCUCCUCUGUGAGCCGUCUGCUCUCCGUCACCGUCUCAGAUCCGACACCUUUUAUCAUCAGAGCGGUCGUCCUGCCGCUGCUGCUGUUGGUGAACGCCGCCCUUUACUUCCACUGCCAGCAGGGGGCAGAAGGCGGGCAGACGGGGACGACGUGGAGCUGGAUUAUAAACGCAGAGUGGUUCUGCAGACUGAGGAGGAAGGAGCUCCGGGAGCAGAGCAGCACCUCUGAGGAGCUCAUCCCACAUCCAGAUGAAUUUUUAAGGCGAUCAUCUGACGCUCACCCGGAGCAGAAACUGUCAGAGGGCGACAGCGUUUCUGUCCAUCGUCCAGUCAACAAACACGUUGGGGAGCACGCACGGGACCUUUCACCGGAACUUCCGCCGCGAUGA